AUGGAGGCAAUACUUAAAGCCCUUGUCGAAAGCCAGCAGGUCCAGAUUCAGACCAGUGCUGCUCUUUUAGAAGAGCAAAGGAGGGCCAACAAGCUGAAGACUGAAGAAUUGCAGCUGCAGAAACAGAUGGCCACUCGCAAUGCUCGCCCAAUAAAGGCUGGUGACUUUUUAUCGAAGUUAGGGGCCACAGAUGACAUUGAGGCAUAUUUACAUGCGUUUGAGGCCACUGCCACUAGAGAAGCCUGGCCCAAGGCACAGUGGGUUGGGCUGUUAGCACCCUUCCUGACAGGAGAAUCGCUAAAUGCUGUCCAGGACCUACCGCCUGACAAAGUAUCAGACUACGAUACACUAAGGACUGAGAUUCUCAGCAGAAACGGAAUCACAAAGUUUGGCAUGUCCCAGCGCUUUCAUAGCUGGACCUUCCAACAAGACAGAGCUCCUCGCGCACAAAUGCAUGAACUUGCACGCAUUGCAAGGAAGUGGCUGGAACCGGAGAAGAAUACGGCAGCAGCAGUAGUGGAGACCAUCGUGGUAGACCACUACCUACGGGCAUUGCCGCAGGAUGCCAAGAGGUUCAUCAGUCAGCAGGGGCUGACCACAGCCGACGCCACUGUCGAAGCGGUUGAGAAACAUCAGGCCACCGUGGAGAUGCUCCGCGCCAUCAAGAAAGAGCCCAGGACCGUAACACCACUCAUGAGCAUGGUAGGACCCCCGAAGAACCCUAAGACCUCAUACCCAAAUAGUCAGGCUCAAGCAGGGCCCAGAAGGCAGCCAGGUCUUAGGAGGUCAUCCCAAGAGAGCGACUCAAGACAGUGCUACCGGUGUGGAGAGAUGGGACACAUAUCCUGGCAGUGUGGGAAACCAAGUGAUGAGCCAAUGCCCACUGCUGGGUCCUCCAGCGCACCCUCCACCCACCUAUAUGCAGCGCUUGUGGGUGUCACAGACGGUACCACAGACCGACCUCCCACCUGCCCAGUGACCGUGAAUAACCGUGAUGUAGAAGCAUUGCUCGAUUCAGGUAGUCGAGUCACCCUGGUGAGGAAAGACCUGGUGCCUCCAACCUGCCUGACCACCAGUAAAGCCCUCCCAAUCUCCUGCGUCCAUGGAGAUACCAAAGACUAUCCCAUCACCCAGCUCACUAUGACCACUACUCGAGGAACCAUUCACACCAUGGCUGGAGUAGUCGAUUCCCUUCCUGUUGCGGUCCUAAUUGGAAGGGACUGCCCAGCCUUCCACUCACUGUGGAGAGAGACGCAGGAGCGUCAAACCAGGGUUCUCAGGAAACCGAAAGGUAAAGGUCAUCUAGUGCAAACCUCAGAGCCACUCAGCCCUGCCCCUGUUCUUGUAGGAGUGCCGGCCAACCAAGAUGAUUCAGCGGCCACCCCCGACAGUGCAGAGGAGAACGUGGCUUCAGGAAAUGCUCCAAGUUCCAGUGAGGAGGAUGCAUGCGAGCUGCCCCCUCUCACAGGCGAGUACGGUGUUGCACAGUUACAUGACCCCACCCUUGCAAAUGCCUUGAAAAAUGUACAGGUGUUAGAGGGAGUAGUCCUAGGUAGAACAAGUCCUACUUACCCCCAUUUUGCAAUAAGCAGAGGCUUACUAUACCAAGUAGACAAAGAGAAGGAUGCAGUAAUUGAGCAGCUUCUUGUACCACAGCCAUAUCGAGCUACCGUACUGAAUUUAGCCCACUCACACCCCCUAGGGGCCCACCUAGGAAUGGAGAAGACAAAAGAAAGAAUCUUACAACGCUUCUAUUGGCCAGGAGUGCACAAAGAGGUUGAAAAUUAUUGUCGCAGUUGCCCGGAGUGCCAGCAGAAGGCACCUAAGCCCUCAUACAGGAGCCCACUCAUCCCCUUGCCCAUCAUAGAGACCCCGUUUGAGAGGAUAGGGCUGGACAUAGUUGGCCCCUUGCCAAAAAGCGCUAGAGGACACCAGUAUAUCCUGGUCAUCGUGGAUUACGCCACCCGAUACCCCGAGGCCAUCCCGUUGAGGAAGGCCACAUCCCAACAGAUUGCCAAAGAGCUUUUCCUCCUCUCCACCAGUCUGGGCAUACCCAAGGAGAUUUUGACGGACCAAGGAAGUCCGUUCAUGUCCAGAGUAAUGAAAGACCUCUGCACUCUGCUGAAGAUAAAACAGCUGAGAACGUCUGUCUACCAUCCUCAGACAGACGGCCUAGUCGAGCGAUUCAACAAGACCUUAAAAUCGAUGCUGAGAAAGGCCAUAGAAGAGGAUGGACGCAACUGGGACCAACUACUGCCGUAUCUGCUGUUUGCGGUAAGGGAGGUUCCUCAAUCUUCUACUGGCUUCUCACCAUUUGAGCUCCUGCUAUCUUACAGACCGAGAGGGCUGCUGGACAUCGCCAAAGAGGCAUGGGAGGAGCAGCCAUGUAAGCAACGCACCCUGAUUGAGCAUGUGGGGGCCAUGAGAGAUCGGAUGAAAUCCGUCUACCCCAUCAUCCGAGAGCACAUGGAGGCCGCUCAACGGCAGCAACAGGCCUCAUAUAAUCGACCUGCCCGGCCCAGGGAGUUCAAGCCGGGGGACAGAGUGCUAGUCCUUGUACCCACCGUUGAAUGCAAAUUCCUGGCAGCCUGGCAGGGUCCGUACGAGGUCAUAGAGAGGGUGGGGGACGUUAACUACAAGGUGAGACAAACUGAUAAAAGAAAGAAAGUGCAAAUAUAUCAUGUUAACCUUCUGAAAAAAUGGCACGCCAGGGAGGCGCUGUUUAGUUGUCUACCAUCCACAGAGUCCAAGGAACUGGCGAGAGAUGCGGUUCAGGUGGGACCCAAUCUGGCUCCUCAUCAGCGGCAGAUGGUGCUGGAGCUGGUUGACCGGAACCGGGAUGUCUUCUCCUCCCUCCCCGGACACACAGAGGUGGUCCAGCAUGAGGUCCGAACCAUCCCAGGGAAAAGGGUAAACCAGCGCCCCUAUAGAGUACCAGAGGCUCGUAAAGCGGUCAUCCAAGAGGAGGUAAGAAAGAUGCUGGAGCUUGGAGUUAUUGAAGAGUCUAAGAGUGCCUGGGCCAGUCCCAUUGUUCUGGUCCCCAAACCAGACGGGUCAGUGCGAUUUUGCAAUGACUACAGGAAGUUAAACGAAAUAUCAGAGUUUGAUGCAUAUCCCAUGCCUCGUGUAGAUGAUCUCGUUGACUCCUUAGGACAUGCCCGAUUCCUGACCACGCUUGAUCUCACAAAAGGCUACUGGCAGGUACCUCUGACCGCCGAAUCCAAGGAGAAGACCGCCUUCGCCACAUCGGAGGGGCUGUACCAGUACACCCGACUCCCAUUCGGGCUCCACGGUGCACCGGCCACCUUCCAGCGAUUAAUGAAUCGAAUCCUUGCUCCCCAUAAAAGGUACGCAGCUGCAUUUUUAGACGAUGUAGUCAUUCAGAGCCCAGACUGGGACAGUCAUUUAAUACGUGUACAAGCUGUGAUCGAUUCUCUGAAGGAAGCAGGUCUCACAGCUAACCCGAAGAAAUGCAGACUGGCCUUCAGCGAGACCGAUUACCUAGGAUACACGGUUGGACGGGGACUGGUCAAGCCACAGGAAGCAAAGAUUCGAGCCAUCCAAGAUUGGCCACGGCCCAUCACCAAAAAGCAGGUGAGAUCCUUUCUGGGUCUGGCGGGAUACUACAGGCGAUUCAUUGCAAACUUUGCUACCAUUGCAGCCCCCUUGACGCAGCUGACAACCAAACGCCACUCGAGGAUGGUGAAGUGGGACCCUGCAGCAGAGGCAGCCUUCAACGACCUCAAGCGAGCCCUGUGCUCCGGACCAGUGCUGAUGGCUCCGGACUUUAAGAGGGACUUCAUUGUCCAGACAGAUGCCUCGGAGGGCAGGCAAACUUCAUGGAAACGUGGAUGCUCUGUCCCGGCGAGACGCCCUCUUCACCUCCUUCAGCCCGACGGGGACGUCGGUCCCGAGGGGGAGGAUGUGUGAUAUCACGAGAGGCCGCAUCCUAGAGGGUCGCUACAUCCCAAUGCGAUGGCUCCAACCACCACUGGCCCUGGCUCCAUCUGGUGGUGAAACAUGAAAUUGCACCUCAACUCUAUGUUGCAGCACAGCUGCAGUCACUGAUUGCAGCAUUCAGCUGGAGCUGAGAAGGGCCUGAUUAGCUGGAGGUUCUGUGAAACAGCUCUACACACAGACAAUGAACAGAGAGAGUUUUGGGGAGCAACAGAGAAGGUUGUGCUCUCUUUUCUGAGCGGAUAGACUUCUGUGGAAGAACUGCUGGAAAGGAACUCUUGAUGAAAAUACUUACCUGGACUGCUUACCUCUGUGGCUGCUACCCUGUGGAGAAAACACUGUAUCGGUGAGAACUUUGGAAGAGACUUAAAAGAAGAACCGUUUGUUUGUUGAGAAGAGGAUUUAAUGAGAAGACUUUUGAUUUCACAUUUCUAAAGAAAACAGAGACAUUGUUUAUGUUGAGCCUUGAAUAUCCUUAUUUUGACUUUUGAAUUUAAGAAUACAUUUUCUGUUAAUCCCUCUGAACAUCAUUAAAAAACCCUUUAAUUUGAAACUUGUGUCCUUGCACUGUUUGAACUGUACCGCUGAGAGCCGUGUAGCCUCUCGUUAUAUC